AUGAAUUUGAUUUUCUUUAGUUGUGUAAAUACAUUUACAUAUACUCCUAACAAUUAUCGAGUCUAUUUGGAUAUUGAAUGCUCGAAUCAAUUAGAGCAAAUCAUAGUUAGGUUUGGAAAGAGUCAGUUUUUGACAACUCUACCUUCCCUCCCUUUAAAGGACAAGUGUGUAUCAAUGCCGGAACACAAAGGCGCGUAGCAAUACGUGAACACUACCUUGGAAAUUGAAAUAGCCGGGAAUACAAUUCAUAUGAAUUUCUCUUUCUUUCUCCACUUUAUGUUCUUCCCUACAACAUAAACCAAAGUGAAGCAUAGCGCAGUCAAAUCUUAUUAUCUGCAUGUCAUUCAUUUCAUAUACAAACAUCAAAAUAUAAAAACAUUGGUUAUUUUUAUUUCAUUUCAUUCUUAAUCAAAUUAUUGAAUUCAGAGUUCAUCAGAUUCUCAGAAAAAACUACUUUUCGGCUGCACAAAAACUACUCAGAGUGUGUGUGAGUUGUUGCAGACAUUAAACAAUGGAAAUAAACCCCCCCCCCCCCACCAAAAAAAAAAAAAAAAAAAAAUUAAAAACAAAAAAUUGACCUCCUCUUCACAAAGGCACAUGGCUCCUCUUUAGCUCUGAUUUUAUAAUUACUUAUAUUUUCUCUCUCUUACUUACAGAUUGGACUUAGUACUACUACAUACAUUCAUAAUUUAUAAUAUAUGUUAUUAAAAUGUUUUAUUAUUAUUAUUAUUAUUAUUAUUAUUAUUAUCUUUGUUAAUCCUAUUAUAGUUUUUUCUCUGGUUAAUUGACUGAUGAUUUCAAGACAUGUUUAUGACAAACUCUCAGAUCUAAUACACCCCCCCUUAUUCAUAUUCAUAUUCCUAUUAAAAGUCUCUUCCUUUUCUUCUUCUUCUUCUUCCAUUAUUUCACCUGCCAACAAUAUUAUUAAUUCUGUUUUUAUUUUAUUAUUACUCCGUAUUAUUGUUUUUAUUAUUGCUCUUCCUAAAUUCAUAAACUUUCUCAGAUUUUAUUUUGUGUCAUCAUUUAUCCCAAUUCCCAGAAUUCUGGUUGUUUUGUGCUUAUAAUUGGAUCUUGGUGGAUUGAAAAACCCUUUUCUAGGAAAACAAUGAAGAAAGACUGUAUGUUGUUGUAAGAACAGUAAUACAUUAAAUUGAAACAAGGGUUUAUAGAAUUGUAAAGUAAUAGUAGGGAUUAUUGUUAUUAUGGAGGAUCAAAUAAUAGUGGAUGACCAUAUGGAUGUUGAGGAGGCCCUUAAUCCGAUGUGGCCGGAUAAUGUAAAUGAAGCCGGGAGUCAAUUCAAUGUGGAUUGGCCGAAGGAGGAUCAAGAUAUGUUGAAAGAAGUAGCAGUUAACGCGGGGGGGCCUCAAAAAAUUGAUUUGGAGCUUCUCCAUGACAUGAUAGUAGACACUGAUAAGGGUGGCUCUCAACUGGCCAAUCUUAUGAAGCAAUGGGAGUAUAAGCAACAGAAUGCUGCUCGCCUUCUCAGAGAAGAGCUUGAUCGCCUCAGCAAGCAAAGAGAGGAGGUUGAGCUUAAGAGAUUGGAGAUUUUAGAGGAGCAUCGUUUUGAGGAAGAACGAGUUGGGGCCGACAGAUAUUCUGUUUCUGUAUUGGAGGAGCUCUAUGGUUCCUACAAGGUUGUUCCUAAGAAGAAAUGUGAUUCACCUGUUGAAAGUCAUAAAGGACUCGAAAUAGAUGCUGAGUAUGACACCAUAGUGUAUUGGAAACAAAGGGCUGCGAUCCUCGAGAAUUUGUUGAAGGAAAGCAGGCAGAGGGAGCAGAUUCUCUUGGAAAAGCUGGACGAAAGCAUCAAGAAUAUGGAGCAACAAUCCACGCCAGUGGAAGAAUUGUCACAGAUGCUUAAAAGAGCAGAUAACUUUAUACAAAUCAUUCUUCAAAAUGCACCUAUUGUUCUUGGUCAUAUGGAUAAAGAGCUGCGGUACCGUUUUAUCUACAAUCCCUACCCAAGUUUUAAAGAGGAGGAUAUUAUAGGAAAAACGGAUACGGAGAUCUUUACUGGUGCUGGAGUAAAGGAGUCUCUAGACUUCAAGCGAGAAAUCUUAGAACGUGGACUACCCGGAAAGAGAGAAAUAACAUUUGAAACUGAACUUUUUGGGUCAAAAACCUUUUUGAUAUAUGUGGAGCCUGUGCCUAAUAAGGCAGGAGAGACCAUUGGUGUCAAUUACAUUGGAAUGGAUAUUACAGAUCAGGUCAGAAAAAGAGAGAAGAUGGCAAAGCUUCGAGAGACGAUAGCUGUACAGAUAGCCAUGGAGACUGAGCUGAAUAAGACGAUACAUAUUACAGAGGAAACUAUGCGGGCAAAGCAAAUGCUUGCCACUAUGUCUCAUGAGAUACGGUCACCAUUAUCUGGCGUUGUUAGCAUGGCCGAGGUUCUAGCCACCACUAGACUGGACAAGGAACAACGACAAUUGUUAGAUGUCAUGAUUUCUUCAGGGGAUUUGGUCCUUCAGCUCAUCAAUGACAUCCUUGAUCUCUCCAAGGUUGAGUCAGGUGUUAUGAGGUUGGAAGCUACCAAGUUCCGACCAAGAGAAGUUGUAAGGCAUGUACUCCAGACAGCUGCAGCCUCUUUGAAGAAAAUGCUGACGUUGGAAGGAUAUAUAGCAGAAGAUGUUCCUAUAGAGGUGAUUGGAGAUGUUCUUAGAAUUCGACAAAUUCUCACUAAUCUAGUCAGCAAUGCCAUUAAAUUUACGCAUGAAGGUAAAGUUGGCAUAAGACUUUAUAUAGUACCAGCGCCUUAUUCUGCUGAAGAAGAUCACCAUCCUGUUGAAAGACUCGAAACCUAUACUGCCACCGAUGAAAAAGGUGAUUCUGAUCAUCCAUAUGGAGAUGAUCCUUCUGAAGCUCAUAAAACUUCGGAUGAGUCUGGAAUGCCAUUCAAGAGAGGAGAAUCACAAUCAAAAGAUGAAGAUAGGCAUCCCAUUAUAUUUCCAACAACAGUAUGGAUACGCUGUGAUGUAUAUGACACUGGAAUAGGAAUUCCAGAGCACGCUUUGCCCACUUUAUUCAAAAAAUAUAUGCAAGCCAGUGCUGAUCAUGCUCGUAAGUAUGGUGGAACUGGACUAGGCUUAGCCAUAUGCAAACAACUGGUUGAGCUAAUGGGUGGUCAUAUGACGGUAUCCAGCAAAGAGCAUUGUGGAUCAACAUUCACAUUUGUACUCCCAUACAGGGUAUCUCCUGAAUCCGACGACCAGUCUGAUGAUCCUGAUGAGCUUCCAGAUGCUUCUACUCAUCAUGAUGCAACAGCCACUAAUGAUCAUACUGAUGGAUUUUUCCAAUUCCAGCCUCGGACAUUGAGUUCUUCUAUGUUAUCUCUCAGUGGAGAAAGCAGAGGCCAAAAUAUAUUACAAAAUAAUUAUGGAUAUAGUAUGAUGCCUGACAUCAACCCAGUGUCAGAAAAUUUAGCUUCAUUGUCUCCUACUCAUGCUACUCCAAAGGAGUUGAAAACUGAGCAGGGAUCACAUGAAAGUUCUUCGAGGAACAGUGGUGAUAAUGCCGCUGCUGAAAUAAGUGGUAGAAAUGAUCAGUAUGUUGGAGAUGAAAGGAAUAUUGGUGAAAACCUAAGAUCAUUGGAUAUGGAAGCUGGAUCUAGUGUAAUUGGGGGCCAAGUGGAAAAGACGUUACACGACCCUCAAGAUGAACAACGGAUGAUGCAGAAUCGUGAUACAAGUCUGCAGAGUACUGCAAGCAGCGUGCCUGACGUAAAUAGAGCUGAGGAAAAGCCUAAAAUUCUCCUUGUAGAAGACAAUAAGAUCAAUGUGGUGGUGACAACAUCCAUGAUGAAACGAUUGGGUCACAGCAUAGACGUUGUUAAUAAUGGAAUUGAGGCCAUUCGUGCUGUUCAAAAUCAUACUUAUGACCUUGUUUUGAUGGAUGUGUGCAUGCCAGUGAUGGAUGGACUUCAAGCUACAAGGAUCAUUCGUUCUUACGAAGAGUCUGGCAGUUGGGAUGCUGCUAUGGAGGCAGGAAUUGAUCAACCUAUGCAUUUUCAGAAUUCACCAUUAAAUUUUCAUGAUUCAUCAAAGAGAAUUCCAAUUAUUGCGAUGACAGCAAAUGCAUUAUCAGAGAGUGCAGAUGAGUGCUUUGCGAAUGGUAUGGAUUCGUUUGUGUCAAAGCCUGUUACAUUCCAAAAGUUAAAAGAGUGCCUUCAGCAGUAUUUGCCGUGAUAUCUUCUUGUAUAUUCAUUCAUCUGUACAGAAGUAAAAUGUCUUUCUUUUUAGGAAAUUUUUGUAACCAAAUGUAUCAUGUUUUUAGGAAUGAGCAUCUUCUGUAAAUUUUUUUGCCAAUUCUUUUACUGGUGGGAAAGAAAUAAAAGUUUGCAGCUAAGCUGAAUGGGUUGGAAA